CCUUCCGUUCUCUCGUUUAUAUCUUCUAUUGAAUCGCAGACUGCUGCUGGCCAGAGCUCAACCAACUUCAUCUCUGGCAUCCUUCCGCUCCCUCCAUAUCUCUCGAAUUCCCGCCAACAUUUACCAUGCCUGCGACAUACUCAUCGCCUGAUUCUCCGCGUCUUGGGCACAAGAACGAGCCCACCGGCAGCUUCCUCAUUCCUCUCGUGCUCACCAUCGGUGGCCUCGCACUCGUGUUUCUCCUAUGGAGACGCGCUAGCCAGCUCAAGAGCAUCGUCGCUCACCAACUUCAAACCUGGCGAGGCGACAACGCUGGAAACGUUCGUCUCUCAGAAGACAACGGCCCCCCGGCAAGCGAGUUCCUCGUCGACGAAGUCAUCGAUCUCGAGCGUGGCGAGGGCGAGCACCUACCCGCGCCCGGUCACAAGCUUAACAACACCAACGCCGAGCAUCCCCCAUACACAGAGGAAGACGAGGAAGAGGACGAGGACGAGGACGAGGAAGAAAGCGGCGAAGGUGUUCCACUACAGUCCACACGCACCGGCGCACACUAAACCCGUAUGCGAGCGCAAAUCUCCUACGACGGCGUGCGGUGGCCGACUUGACUCGGCGCGGUGGAGGCUCCGGGAUGGACGGUGUAAUACUAUACAGGCCGCGUAUAUAUCUUCUUUUUCUUCUCGUCAAUUCUGAUCUCUGUGCUACUCAUAGACAGAUGUGCACUGCUUUGGAUAUAUCAUAUGCAUUUUCAGCUCGAACUGCGCGUGGAUUUAUAUAGUGAGCUGCGGGACUGCCAUGCAGCGCCAGCACUCUAUUUCC